AUGGCAUUCCGACUAACAACUUCCACUUUCGGGAGAUUCAACGCGUCAAAGAGGCACUUGCUUGACAAGGCUGCUGCCUCCCCAUUCGCAGGGUACAGAUGCUUCCUAAGCACUUCCACCGAGAUCGACGACAGCGUCACCCUCGGCGAGGGAAUCAAAGCCCCUCCGAUGGUGUACAUUGCUGGAGAAGAAAUGACCCAUUACACUUCUAACUUGAUCGUCGACCAAUGGAUCAAGCCAUACUUCAACGUAGAUGCAUGGGAACACUUUGAUCUUUCUUGUAAAGCUCGCGACGACAGUGACGACAAGGUUCUCCACGACGCCGUCGAAGCUGGAUCUCGAAUCGGCGCCAUUUUCAAGGAACCAACGAUUACUCCUAGUACUCUUCAAGUGAAGGAGAUGGGACUGUCCAAGGCAUUUGGAUCUCCCAAUGGAGCCAUGAGAAGAGGGUGGAAUGGAAUUACUAUUUCUCGCGAUACCAUCCAUAUUGAAGGUAUCGAACUUGGAUACAAGAAUCCAGUUUUCUUUGAGCGUCAUGCCGUCGGAGGUGAAUAUGGUGCUGGAUGGAAUGAAGUUGGUCAAGGAACGUUGUUGACCACUUACCUUCCAGAUGAUGGGGCCUCUCCAUUCGUUGUUGACAAGCGUGAUUUGACCGAUGACCACAAUGUCGUUGUCGUCUACCACAACCCUUACGACAACGUCGCAGAAUUGGCUCACCUUUUCUUCAAGAGAUGCCUUGAUGCCGAAAUCACACCAUAUGUAGUCACCAAGAAGACUGUCUUCAAGUGGCAAGAGGGCUUCUGGGAAACCAUGAAGAGCAUCUUCGACGAACACUACAAGGCCGAUUUUGAAAAGGCUGGCCUUUUGGAACGCUCUGGAGGUGACCUUCAGCAUCUUAUCUCCGAUGCUGCCACAAUGCAGUUGAUUCGCUGGACCGACGGUGGAUUCGGAAUGGCCGCACACAACUACGACGGUGAUAUGCUUACCGAUCAAAUCGCACAAGUCCACCGUUCGCCUGGAUUCAUCACAUCCAACCUUGUUGGACGAAGAGACGACGGUACCUUGAUUAAGGAAUUCGAGGCUUCCCACGGAACCGUUUCGGAUUUGUGGCAUGACCAUUUGGCUGGCAAGGAGACUUCUCUGAACCCAUUGGGUCUUGUUGAGGCUAUGAUUGGUGCUAUGCAACACGCUGCCACACUUCAAGCCGAAAAUAACCCAUCGGACGAAUCAGAGAUUGUCAAGGCCAAGGUUUUUAACUACACUGAGACCUUGCGAACGGCAAUGCACAACACCUUCCGAUACGGACAAGGAACAAGGGAUAUGUCCGGUCCAAGUGGAUUUACUACCGAAGAUUACAUUGCAAAGGUUGCGUGGCGUCUACAAAGAUAUCUUUCCAUGCAAGAUGAAGAUGUUCCACCUCCUGAAUUGCACGAACCCGACCGUAAAUACCGACGCAACUUUGAUAUUGAUGUUGAAGCCAUCAACGCAAUGUUCUCCAAGUACGACACCAAUGGAGACGGCCAGAUUGACUACGCAGAGUUCGAGGAGAUGAUGAUCAAGCUGAACAUUGCUCCCAAGGUUAAGGUCACGGGCGAGAAAGAGAAAGAUGUCUAA